AUGUCGGAUCACGUCAAGGUAAAUUCACCAUUAUCUGGUAAAGUAGUUUCAAUUAAUCAAGUGCUUUUAGACUAUCCAAAUGAUUUAAAUAUCGAUCCCAGAAAAUCAUGGCUUGCAAAACUAUUAAUUCAAAAUAAAAAUGAACUAAUCCAACUAAUGAAUGAAGAAGAGUAUAAUAAAUAUUGUAAAAACUAUUUUUAA